GUCAUUAUGAAAAAGGUCUAUUGUGUAAUGUGUAUGGGAUUUAAAACAUGGCAUUUCACCAUAGAAAUAUAAUGGACAAUAUUUCUAUACAUUUCACAUUAGGUUGCGAGCAUGUGAGCAAAACCUGGAUUGUAUCAAACAAUUUGCAAGAAAUGCUACACAAAACUAUAAUUUUCAGUCAUUUUAUUAUAAUCCAACACUACAGCAAUGAAUGUUAUUUAUAAAAAUGUGUUAAUUUUAGGUAAUUGUGAAGAACUUGAGUCUAACAAGUGUUUGUCAUGCUUGCAACUAGCAGGAUGUGCUUGGUGUUCAGAUGUGGUAUGUCUUAUCAAUUGUAAUAACAUGAAGUUUCCAACAAGUUGCAAGGUCUUAUAGGCCCCGUUUACAUGAGACCGGUACGCAUACCUAAUUUUGGUGUGCAGUGAUAACCAAUUUGUGCAGUGAUAAAAAUGAAAUGUGCAGUGGUAAAAUGUGCAGUGAUAAAAUUUGCUGUGAUAAAUUGUUAAUUAUAUGAAGAAAAUGAGGCAACAAGCAGAAAAAACUGAACUAAAAACUUGUCUUGUCACUAGAAAGUAUUAAUAAUAAUUUUGAAUGAGAAUAUCCUGAAUGAAAUUGAAAUAAAAGAUGCCAAAUUAUCGAACCUCAGCACUAAUAUUUUACUUAAGGUUGAUCAAAUGAACAAAGUCUCCCAUCAAAGAUCCGAUCUCUUUAUGAGCUUGGAUGUUGGAGUGAAUGAUACUUAACUUUUUGUAAUCGUAUUAGUAUAUAAUCCUCAGGAUUCUAUUGAAUGUCCCCGCACAUUGACAAAAAGGCCCUUUGAGAGAGGCUAGUACAAAAUGUUCUGUGGGUGCAUGCCCCAGGAACUCUUUCGUUGUAUUUUAUUUGUGUUUUAUUAUCUAUUUAAAAUUUAAAGGGCCCACAGUAAUUGGUAACAUAUACUGUUGUGGUGACCCUGCCAUGAAUGCAUGCAUGAUAAUGGCGAAGUUAAAUAAAUAAAUAAAUAAAAGUUUAUCACAUCUAAGCCGCCUCUUAUUUAUCAAGACGAAAAUUUUUCGUUCCUGCAAGCAUAUGAUUAUCAAACUACGCUGUCAUAGAAAGUCGUAACAGCAGGUGCUGUCAAGGUCGCCCAGAGGGAGGGGGCAAUUUGCGCUGGACCCCAGUUAAAGGUGGCCCAAAAAAGAAUUACAUUGAAAUAUAGGUAUAACUACCAACAAACUUCCAGAAUGCAGGAUUUGGGAUUUCAAAAUUUUCUCAGGAGAAUGCCCCCAGUUCCUCUUAAUCAUAGUGCUAGAAGAUGGAAUCAGGAGGGGCCACAACUCAAUUUUUGCCCUGGGCCCCCAAAUUUCCCUGGGGGACCCUGGGCGCUUUGCAGUGCAUGUUGAUUUUGGGAUCAUUUUAUAUAUCAAUUGUAGCCUGUCUUUUGGUUAGACAUUAAAAGGAUGUGUUCACAAAUUUUGAGGGCGUGGCUUCUGCUCGGCUAAACUUUGCACAAAAAUGUGCAGUGAUAAAAAAUUCUUAAAAUUAGGUAUGCCGGUACGAAGUCAAGCCGGGAUGAAAAUUGAAAUUUCAACAUGUUUGCAGGAGACCGGUACGAAAAUCACAAAAUUUUCAAUUUAUUCCCCUUGCCAGGCAUCGCAAUUUUCUUUUUUAGAUGGCUUUUAUUUGUUAGCAUGUGUUGUUUCAAUGUCAAGGUUACAGCCGACACCGGUCUGAAAUGUAUUUGUGUUUACAUUUAUCCCGGUCUGAAUUCAUGCCGGUCUUCAGUCAGCCGGCUUGGUCCAGCAGGCGGAAUGACUUGAGACCGAUAUGAGUUAUUUUCGUCCCGGUCUCAUGUAAACAUCUAUUAUAAAUAAGGCCCCGUUUACAUGAGAUCGGUACGAAGUUAAUGAAAAUUGAAAUUGUCAACAUGUUUACAUGAGACCGGUACGAAAAUCAGAAAAUUUUCAAUUUAUUCUCCUUGCCAGGCAAUUUUCUUUUUUAGAUAGGUUUUGUUAGCAUGUGUUGUUCCAAUGUCAAGGUUACAGCCGAGACCGGUCUGAAAUGUAGUUGUGUUUACAUUCAUCCCGGUCUGAAUUCAUGUUGGUCUGAAGUCAGUCGGUUCGGUCCAGCAGGCGGAAUGACUUGAGACCGAUAUGAGUUAUUUUCGUCCCGGUCUCAUGUAAACAUCUAUUAUAAAUAAUACUAAGUCUAUGACCGAAACGAAAUGGUCCCGGUUUGACUUCGUUCCGGUCUCAUGUAAACGGGGCCUUAUUAUAGGCUUAAUUAUUAAACUGCCUUAUCAUGUGACCACGAUGAAAGCAUGAGAUAGCAUAUAUAUCAGAUUUGGUAAUAACUUAUGAUUACGAUUAUGAUUAUGAUUAUGAUUAUGCAUGAUUAUGAUUAUGAUUAUGAUUAUGAUUAUGAUUGUGACAAUGACAACGACAACGACAACGAUGGAAACUUUAUUUAAUAAUUGUGCUAUAUACUAUAUAUAUACAAUUGUAAUUUGUAAAUCUCACUAAGUUAAGGUAACUUACAAUUGGCUAUUUGAAUCACAACUAUGAACUAAUAAAAAUGACAAGACAGAAUACAUGAAGAUAUAUACAAGACAAUCAGAUAUUUCAAAUAGUUAACAAGUCCGGACUUUCCCAUUCCUUAUUUCGACAGCAAUAAUAAUAUAUUAAUUAUUAUUAUUAUUGAACGAACUUAUUGAUUGCCAUGACUAUAACUAAAACAUACUUAUAGUAAUUUUGAACCUAAUAAAAUACUGUAUGACAAUUUUAGAAUUAUACAAGUACCCGAUGUAACACACCACAGCAACAUGCCAUAUUCCAAUGUAAUAUGACAGUCAAUGGCAAUCCAGACCCUAAACCAACGGUAAGUGUGCUGCAAAAGAAUGAGUUCAAUAUAUUAUAGUGAACGAACAAACAAAUGAAUAAAUGAAUGAGAAUCAAUAUCUUUUAAGCGAAAUCUUUUUUCCUUUAACUUCAGGAAAGAUGUUUCUUUUAUCAGCUGAGAUGGGAUUAUAUUCAAUAUUUUCGCUCUGUUCUACUCGAAAAUAAAGAGACCAGCUUAAAUGGGUACUUAACGGUCUUGACUCUUGGCAAAUUAGGCAAAAGGAGUAAAUCCUGCACAUGUGAUGUCGCACAGGCUAAUUUAGCCAUUUAAUUUUAUUAAGUUUUAAAUUGGGAGGACAUAUUGUACGCCUUAUGUGAUAGGCGUAUGGGCGGAAGAUUAGAGGUUGGACAGAUUCGUGGAAAUAUAAAGUCAAUCUUAAAACGUUAAACAAAGUUCAAUCUGUCAUUAAGUUUCUCUGACUAAACAUGACAGUAAUAUUAGUAACUCAAGUUCAAUAUCCUGAUCUUGAGUUACUUUAACCAAAUUAACCAGGACUAUGAUCCAAUUAACCAGGACUAUGAUCAAAUUAACCAGGACUAUGAUCAAAUUAAGCAGGACUAUGAUCAAAUUAAGCAGGAUUAUGAUCAAAUUAACCAGGACUAUGAUCAAAUUAGCCAGGACUAUGAUCCAAUUAACCAGGACUAUGAUCCAAUUAACCAGGACUAUGAUCAAAUUAACCAGGACUAUGAUCAAAUUAACCAGGACUAUGAUCAAAUAAACCAGGACUAUGAUCAAAUUAACCAGGACUAUGAUCAAAUUAAGCAGGACUAUGAUCCAAUUAACCAGGACUAUGAUCAAAUUAACCAGGACUAUGAUCAAAUUAACCAGGACUAUGAUCCAAUUAACAAGGACUAUGAUCAAAUUAACCAGGACUAUGAUAAAAUUAAGCAGGACUAUGAUCAAAUUAACCAGGACUAUGAUCCAAUUAACCAGGACUAUGAUCAAAUUAACCAGGACUAUGAUCAAAUUAGCCAGGACUAUGAUCCAAUUAACCAGGACUAUGAUCAAAUUAACCAGGACUGUGGAAAAUUAGCCAGGAACAUACCUGGAAAUAUUUAAACCACGGCGUUUUUAAAGGGCAGUCUUCAUAUAUAUCCAACCUGUGCAGGCUAAAACCUUUCAUAAAAUAAUUCGAAUACUGAUUUAUUGCACCUCAUCAUUCUUUAGCUCGAGAAGGAGAAGCUGACAGACCUAAAUCAGAUAACGCCUAAAAAAGUUUCGUCCAGAGUGCGUGUAGGUUGGUAUAUAUACACUAGAUUUUUGUAUUAACUCGAUGGUGGGUGAUGACCAAUGAGAUAUACUGUCCAGGGCAUUUUCUAAGGAUAUUCGAGUGGAGGGGGAGGGGGGGGCAUUGGCAAAAAGGGACCUCCCUCCAAAACAUUAAAUGUACAACAUGUGCGUCAAUAUGUGACCUGAAAGGAACUAAAUAAAUGUUCAUUAACGCAAAUAGAUUAUAGUGACGUUCGUCAAAGUAAUAUCAAGUUUUGUUUUCCAGUUUUCCUUAAACUGGAAAAUACACUAAACUGAGUGAAGGCUAAUUUCCACUCAGGAAAAUUAUCCGUGGGUUGGAACGGACAAGAAAGUUUUUCUUUGUCUUAUGAGCUCUGGGUUGGAACUAAUGACUUUAAUUUUAACACAAAGAAACAUUUUCUUGUCCGUUCCAAUCCACGGAUAAUUUUCCUGAGUGGAAAUUAGCCUUGAGAAUAACUGCUAAUACAUUCUCUUGAACUAAAUUAUUCUUCAUUUUUUUUCAAUAUCUUUUAAAGAAGUGAUUUUGGCGGGGGGGGGGGGGCUAAUUAGUUAAAAAAUGCCCUGAUACUGUGACAUAUGUUGGGCUAUAGGCUCGUGUAGUUUUGAAAAAUACUGAACACCGGUAUCAGAAAAUAUUAUUUUCCGAUACAGUCCGAUAUUUGUGUUAUUGAUAUACAACUUGUUAUUUAGGCGAUACACAGUAGCACAAGGCACAGUGUCACCUGCUGAGCAGCGAUAUGAAUUUUCUGACGUUUUUCGCAUUAAACUAGUAGUUACUAGUGCUUAAAGUUCUUAAAGAAGUGGCAAUAUUAUAUGGCUCAUGGUGCUCAUUAUUUAAUGAAAGUCCGCCUAAUUUACUCCCAAUCUUCAAUUUAAUUAAUUAAACUUUUUUUCCCGUGGACUUUCAUGUAAUGAUAAAUAUUAAUAUGGAAUUACAUAUUGACAUAAAAUCGCAUCGCUCAGCAGGUGAGACUUUGCCUUUACUUAAAAUGGCUUUAAGAACAAUCUUUUAUAAACGAUAACAUUUAUCUACUUUUAACACUGUUUUGCAAGUUUAGCACCAAAGUGUAUUUGACGUCUAUAAACGUCCAAAAUAAUAUAAAAAUAUUCGUUUUGUUGUUGUUAUAAUUAGUUAUCAACUCUACAGGGUGUAUAAACGAAAAACUGAACAGAUUUGAAAUUGCUCUCAAUUUCGCAAAACAGCUAUUAGUAUCCAGUUUUUGAUGUAUAUAGCUUCCUUGGGUACUUAUAAUGUAGAAUAAUGUAGAAUAAUGAACAAUUUGUUGGGUUUGUAAUUACUGUACAAACUUUCAGACAAUUUGCGUUAGCUUAAGCCCUUUAACUAUUCGCACAAACUUACAUUUUUUCCUAAAAAUCAGCUAUUUGCAUGCUUAAUUAAUGCCUUAAGUAAAGGCAUUAAUUAAGCAUGCAAAAGGCUGAUUUUUCAGGAAAAAAUGAAUAGUUAAAGGGCUUAAACUAAAGAAAAGUGUCUGAAAUUUUGUACAGUAAUUAAAAACUCAACAUAUUUUCCAUCUAUUAACUCAAAAUAUGAUUAUAGCUUUUAAAUUUCGUUCGCAAGCCAUUUUUAGCUUGUUGGAAAAGACACCCCCCCUGGUUCACAGAAUUUGAGUUCGAGAAUUUUUUUUCAUUAUUCUACAUCAUAAGUACCCAAGGAAGUUAUAUACAUCAAAAACUGGAUACUAAUAGCUGUUUAGCAAAAUUGAGAGCAAAUUCAUAUCUGUUCAGUUUUCUUUAUACACCCUGCAUAGAAUACACGAUUCUGAUUUGAAUUUCUGUGCUAAAUUGUACAAACCAAAUGUCAUUUAAAACAAGCUGCUGUACGUAUAUGCGUAAUUGACUUUUUAUUUUUGAAUUUGUUUGAUGGCAAAUGAGUUUUCUAUAUCAUCUUAUUUGUUUCUAGGUGAGCCUGUCAAAUUCAAAAUAGAAAUUGAACCUUCCAAGAACUAUCCUGUUGAUUUUUACAUAUUGAUGGAUUUAACUGCCACCAUGAAAGAUGAUUUAAAUAAUGUUAAGAAGCUUGCACUUGAUAUUUGUAAGUAUAUACUAACUUUUGUCACCAUGGUAUGCAUUGUUAUUUUUGUCUUGCUCUGAAGCCAACCAUCAGGUUUGGGUUCAGAGCAAGUUGUACAAUUGUACAUCAAAAGUCAAGACUCCCCUUCAUAAAACUACCACUUUGCGUCUUUGGACAUAUAUUUGGACAUAAUUUGGACAUAUAACUUGAACGUGUAACAGUUUAAAGAACUUUUAAUGAGCAUUUUUGAUCAGCUAAAUUUAAUUAAUUUCUAUUUUCAGCUGCCAAGUUAAGGGAACUUACAAACAGAUCCAGAUUAGCUUUUGGAUCGUUUGUUGACAAACCCGUGGCACCAUAUCUAAGGCAUGAGGAGUAAGUAAAUAAGCGUAUAUGA